AUGGCUGUCGAGAUAUGGUCUAAAGUGCGAAUUGGUGCAGGAACCUGCAGCUGUUUGGAUGCUACACCAACUUGCCGCGUGGCCCAGAAAGUACCAUUUACGAGAAGGACAACGGAUUUGAUGAGUUUGCGGUACAAAGAUCAAGUUUAUCAAAGGGUAGAAGCAAUCAGACAACAUCAUGUCAUUCAUCGAUAUGUGCCCCAGCUGUCACUGCAUACCAAAUGCACCACUUUCUUACCUGUUCCGGUCCCAUAA